AUGUCAUCUUCCUAUGCACCACCCCCCGGACCACCACCACCUUCUGUCCCAGAAGGAUGGAAGGCGCAGUAUGAUGAGCGGUAUCAAUCAUGGUUUUUUAUCAACCUUGCCACCGGAAAAUCACAAUGGGAAAAGCCCGAGCCACCAGCUUCCCCUGCGGGCCAACCACCUAGCGAAGCACCUAGCGAAGCACCACCAUCAUACGCCAAUGUAGCUCCGUCGGGGGCUGCCCCAAUAGGCAACGCGGAUGACAAGAAACGGCUGUUGGCCUCUAAUAACCCCUACAACCCAGAUACCUCGCGCGACACUGCCAGCCCAUCGAUGGACAGUGACGCCAAACUUGCAGCGAAGCUCCAGGCCGAAGAGGAUGCACGAGCCGGUAGCAGCAGCAAUAGUAGAGGUCCUGGAACUCCGGGUAAGGCAUCAGAUUACUACAGUGGUUCUUCACAACCGUCUACCGGGUCAUAUGCUUCCGGCCCAUCAUCGGGUAGCCCAAUGCCGGAACAGAAAUCACGCAGCAAAGGUGGCUUCUUAAGCAAGUUGAUGGGGAAGAGCUCUAGUAGUUCACGUCCGCCGCCCCAGCAACGUCCUCAAUAUGCUUCGUACCCGCAACAAGCCCCCACAAACUCUGGUUAUUACGACCCUAACUAUGGGCGAUAUCCGCAACAACCAAUGCCAGGAUACGGUUAUCCACCUUCAGGAUAUGGAGGUGGAUAUCCACAGCAAGGCGGCUACUACCAGCAACAGCCACAGCGGAAACAUGGCUUGGGAACUGGCGGUGCGGCUGCGCUGGGUGUUGGUGGAGGUUUGCUGGGUGGACUACUGCUUGCCGAUGCAGUAGAAGACAUGGGGGAUCAUCACGACUACGGCGAUAAUAAUAAUUAUGAUAAUGGUGGUUAUGAUGGUGGCGGCGGCGGCGACUUUGACGGUGGUGGUGGUGGUGGUGAUUUCUAA